CUGCGAGGCCCGGGGCCGAGUUGGCCGCGGCCGGGCGGCGGCGGACUCGGAGCUGCCACCACAGUGACAGUCGCUGUAGCCGGCGGUGGCGGCAGCAGCAGCAGACGAGCAGGCCAGAGCAGUUGCUCGCGCGCCGUGCCGGGGGCGGUGGCUGUGGUCGUGGUCGUGUGCGCCGAGCCGGCAGCUGCUGUUCACUGGGCGAGCCGAGGUCCGACAUCCUGGUUGUAAGCGACGUCAUACAGAGCAAGAGCCUAUGUAACCUGGUGAUGGAGGGCGUGUCGAGCCCCGGGCCGUCGCCCGGCGCCGGCGCCGGCGAGUUGCCGGCCGAGCUGCGCAAGGCGCUGGAGUGGGAGCUGUCGCUGGACGCGCGCGACCUGCGCUCCCACGCCUGGUACCACGGCGCCAUCCCGCGCCAGCGCGCCGAGGACAUCGUGCAGCGCGACGGCGACUUCCUGGUGCGCGACUGCUCCUCCCAGCCCGGCAACUACGUGCUCUCCUGCCGCUGCAAGGGGCAGCCGCUGCACUUCGUCAUCAACAAGGUGGUGAUCCAGCCGGACACGGUGUACGAGCGAGUGCAGUACCAGUUCGAAGAGGACGCGUACGACACGGUGCCCGACCUCAUCACGUACUAUGUGGGCAGCGGAAAGAGCGUCUCGACGGCGUCCGGGGCACGCAUCUCGACGCCGCGCAACCGCCUCUACCCGCUCUCCUUCUACGCCUCCAAGUACGGGCUGCAGCAGCAGCACGUGUCGCCGCUGUCGUCGCCCGGGGGAACCCCCGCGCUGCGCUACAACCCCUACAACUCGUACCGCGCCGCGCCCCAGCAGCGGCGCGGCGACACGCCGCCGCGGCUGCCCAGCAAGAAGCAGCGCAGCCAGUCGCUGACGCCGGCCGACUCUGCGGGGCAGCUGUGCCGGCAGGCGUCGCGCGGCCAGGGCGCCGGCUACCUGCACCAGCAGCAGCAGCAGCAGCAGCAGCAGCAGCAGCCGGCGGCCGCGGGCGAGCGCGCCAGCAGCGCAGACGGCGUCAUCCAGACGGGCACGCUGGGCAGGCACGACCCGCCGCCCGCCGCCAAGUUCUCCACACACUCGCUGCCGCGCUCCGCCGGGCUCGCCGGCAAGCACCAGGCGUCGCCGUCGUCGACGCCCGGGGCGAGCCACGGGCACGCGGUGCCCAAGAUGGUGCGCGUGACGAGCGACCCGGCGCUCAGCCCCUGCCUCGAGAGGCGGCGCUUCGGCUACGAGGGCGACGGCGCGCCGGGGGCGGCGGGGGCGGCCGACGCGGACCUGCCCGAGCAGCCGCCGCCCAAGCCCAGCCGGGUGCCGUCGCUGCCGCCCAAGGAGCACGCGGCCGCGGCGGCCAACCACGACGUCCACCAGCCGCCCGUCUUCGACAACGGAUUGCCGGCGGCGGCGAGCCUGCAGCGCGUGUCGUCGUACCACGCGUCUGGCUCGGACUCGGGCAACGGGUCGGGCGACUCAGCGCAGAGCUCGGCGGCCGACGCCACGGACUGCUCGCAGGCGCAGCACCGCGGCGUCGUCAUCAAGAACCCCCGCUACCGCACCGAGUACGACUCGGCCGCCGAGGACUCGCUGCUGCUGUCCGUGCCCGAGCCGGAGCCGGCGUCCGCCUUCGACCUGGAGAGCGCCUCCACGCUGCUGCUGCCCGUAAUCGAGAACAAGCCGCUCGACCCGUCCGCCCUGCAGGCGGUGCGGCGGCAGCUGCAGGAGACGGGCCCGCGCGUGCUGGCGGCCCAUUUGACGCGCGUCGACCUCUCGCUGCUGCUCGACGCCGCAGACCUGGGGCUCGGCAUCGCCUGCGGACUCGAGCUAGUCACUCUGCCGCACGGCCGACAGCUGCGCCUCGACCUCAUCGAGAGGACUGAAUGUCUGAAACUGUUGGUGGCAGUCACGAUCUUAACUUGCACCACAGAAGCAGAACGAGCAGAAUCACUAAAUAAAUGGAUUGAAGUAGCAGUUGAGACAAAAACAGCACUUGGUAAUCUCUAUGGAUUUUGUGCUGUGAUGAUGGGUCUUUGCAUGCCACAGAUUCAGAGGCUGUCCUCAACGUGGCAUGUUCUGCGACAGAAAUUUACUGAUAGUGCUUUCAACUUUGAAGCAAAGUUACGACCUACACUGAAAAGCAUGAAUGAGUGCACAAAUCCACAGGCACCAAACACAACAAUUCCACAUUUGUUACCAUUUCUUUUGCUGCAGGAUCGCACACUUGAAGAUAUUAUAGGCCCUGCACCAGGAAGCCUGAGCUGGGAGACAUCAACUGCUGACCUCGGACUCGGCACACUUCUGGCACACAUGGAAGCUGCACGCAAAUUUGGAGAAUCUGUGCCUAUGUUUAGACGUAAUGCUGAGAUUGCACUUGGCAGUGCUGCAAAACAGGAUGAACUUCUGACUGACAUGUUUCGCACAGAAUUCCACCUUAAGUUCCUCUGGGGAAGCCGUGGUGCCUCUGUUGCUGCGGAUGAGCGCCGUGCAAAGUUUGAACAGGUGCUCGCAGUAAUGUCAGACAAGUGCGAGCCACCAGCAUGAGUGGAGGAUAAUUAUGUUUAAUUGGCUGAUUUGGCACUUAGUGCUGACCAAUGAGUCUUAAUUGUUGGAUGGUAUAAAUGCUGAUACAAAUCAACAAUGUUUUUGCUGCAGGAGAAGAUAUGGUGAGCAAAUCUUGUUUCCAGGUCACCGAAAGGCAGUGUAAGGAUUAGAAGAAAGGGCAUGGUGAUAAUGCAAGAAAUGACGUCUUCAUUCUGACCAUUUCACAUGGUGUCACGUUAUGUUAAGAUGAAGAGAGCUUAAGAUUUAUUUCAAACUACUGCUGCAGAUAAGGUGACUAAUCUGAACACACCACUGAACACUGCCAUUAAGCAACACAUCAUAACCUUGUGUCCAAAAGAAUUAAAAGAAACUAUGGUACUUGCAAAUAUCAAGACAGUUGUUUUAGCAUGUACUUUGAUUUUUCAUUGUCACGUCAUGGGAAUAGGUACAAACUUGCAAUUUUUUCCUAAUAUUUGGAUAAAAGAAAACAUACUUCUGUCAUAUUUUUUUCAGAGACAUGGCAUUGUGGAUUUUCCCUCCUUAAGUUAUCAAAUGAAAUGCAUUAGAUUAUAUAGUGAAAUGAUAUGUGAAAGAUUACCAUGUGUUAGGUGUUUAAAAUUCGGUUCAAAUUUUUCAUACACGUGUGCCAUACAUGGAACAGGUCCAGGUAGUGCUUUAAAGUGCUGCCUUAGCACAGCUAGAGAACAGUGUAACCCAUAUAUCUCCAGGAGCUUGUGAAAUGGUUACACAGAGACAAACUAAUCUCUGUUAAUUACACAAUCAUAACAGUGUUUAUUAAGUGUGUACACAAAGAAUUUUACUGUCUGAAACAGCUGAGAACUAGAAAUACUAGAAAAAUACUUCAUCUGCCUUCAGGUUCACUUUACUUGCUUUACUAGUUGUGCUCUUCAGAUUUAUAGUAGAUGCUGUAGUUAUAUGUUCUUGCCAUCAAACAAACCAGCAAUGACAUUUGUGCUCCCUCUCACCUUUUUUGUGUAAUUUCUUAUAUCAAGUUUGAGACAGUUAACUAACAACUGUGGUUUUAUGUUGUGGGUAACAAUGUAGAAUAUAAUACCAAUGAAUAAUUGGAAAACAUGAACAUAUUAAUUUAAAUAAAUUUUCAAAACUUUCCUGCCAGAUACAUUUUUUUCCUCCCCUGCAAAUGUAUUAUAUUUCAAAUGAGGACUUGAGUCAGUACUUCUCUCUCUCUCUCUCUCUCUCUCUCUCUCUCUCUCUCUCUCUCUCUCUCUCACACACACACACACACACACACACACACACACACACACACACACACAGAGAGAGAGAGAGAGAGAGAGAGAGAGAGAGAGAGAGAGAGAGAGAGAGAGAGGAGAAUUUGUGUGUGUAAUGCAAUACACUACAGCUGAUUGCGGUGAAACUAAUCACAUAAUAUUACAAUAAAGUUGGAUUAAGUACAUAUAUUUUUCUGAUUGAUGAUAUGGCACAAAGAAGUGGUGCUUACUGUGGUAAUAUUUCCUCUGACAGAUGUAAUUUCUUAAUAUUGGUUUCAUAUUUUUCAUAUUUGUUAAUCUUUAUCAUGUAGGAAAUGAAUAUGUAAAUAAAACAAUUAUUUAUAAUUUCCUGGUUGCACCAUUUUGAUUAAACAAGUUUUUUGACAUACUAGUUAAUGACUGGCUAGGUCUAUACAGAAAGCAGUAAAGUAAUGCCCAAUAGUUACAGUAUCUACUCUACACUUAAGCACUGAAUGAGUGACCAUUCAUGACCUUUCCAAUAAAAUAAAGAGAACAAAUUGGUAGCAAGUCUUCGUUUUAUAAAUCUUUUUAGAUGAGAAAAAAAUAAGAUAUAGAAAUUUUAAUAUACUGUAAGUAAUUUCCCGUAUGUGAUAACUGUAAGUAAUUAACAGAAAAUUGUCUUCCCUGUAUUAUUUAAGGUGCUUCAAAUUGUUUGAUGAAAUUUUGUCGAACUUAAGUCUCUUGCUCGAACACAGUGUGGGAUAUUCCUGCUUAUGAAAUUUCCUUUUAUACUUUUGUGUUAUGUUCUAAUCAUACAAAGGCUCCUCAUUCAUUUGUUUUAUGUUUGGUAUGUUAGUUCACAUCAGAUUGUGUUACUUUCCCAACUGCUUCUGUUGGUAAUGAUCUGCUAAAAGUAGUUAUUCCAAUAGGGGAAAGCUGACUUUAAAACCUAGAAAAAUGCUAAAUGAUAUCCAGUGUCGCUGUUGGCUGAGGACGACUCAGUAGUCAGCUACCUUUAUGUGGUCCCCAAGACCUCACUGUGGAAUUAUAUAGUCUUUUACACAGAAGCCCAAAGGUAUUGAAUAAAAUAUUUCAUUUAUGGCGGAAGACAGAUGUUUCAUCCAAAACAUGAACCAAGUAACAGAGAAUUCGAGUACAUACCACAGUCAUUUUCUGGAAAGGGAUCGAUAGCAGUUUCCUUAUUUUUGCAUUUGUGUUGACUCUGUUAUUCCACAACAUAUUAAAAAGUUUUUAAGACUUAACCAUUUGUGUCUUCCCAAAUUGAAAUGACUUCUCAUCUAAAGUAAGCCUACUGCCUGAAAGUCUGGUCUCCUGUGAUCUGAAUGUACCUGGUGUUGAAUAAUAUGUAGCCUGGUGGAUAAUAGGUGUGUUAAGCAUGGACUAGACUGUAUGUAAAAGUAUGAAACGUAAGUGUGUGUGCUGUCACGCAACGAAAAGUUGUUCGUGCCUGUAUUAUGUGCACACUGUCUGAAAUUUUAUGAGUUGUUUGAGAUAAUGCAAUAGUUUUUCAUUGGUUUAACACUAGAUCGCGUGUUUUACUCAAAUCAGCUACAGAAUUGGUCCAAGAAACACUGAAAUUUUCAUUCUGAAGGAAAGAACAUUCAUCAUCAUUAAGAUUAGCAAAGUUUCUUUGUUAGUUUGUGCAAAAGAGGUUCCGUAAACAAGUUCACAUAUGGCAGGAUUCUUUGUUGUGAUUUGUUUUACUGAACGAUGCAACUCCAGUCAUCCAUACGCAACUUGUACUUCGAUAGGCAUUAUAAAUGAACAGUUUCAUGAACAUAGAUGAGCAAAAACUUUUUAAUUUAUGUACUAUUCUUCACACAGUUGUACUCUUUAUGUUGCCUGCAGAAUAUGAGUGCUGCAUCAGAAUUUAUUUUAGAAAAUUAACUUUUCAGCAAUUCUUGCUCUCAAGUGAAGGUAUUUUCAGAAGCAGGCAAUAAAGCACAUCUGUAUUUUAGUUUGAUCAACAAUAAACACUGUUAUUGAGCAAAAACUUCAGUAAACUGCUGAAACUUUUUGGUUGUAGACCAAUACUACCAUAUUCAGCGAAAUGUUAUAUAUUUUUAUAAUUGACACCAGCUUUGCAUCUCAAAAUUACACAACCACAGCUUGUCAGUCCUGGAUACAUUCUGGAAACAUUUCUCUUCCCAGUUCAGAACCAACUUGAACAUAAGCAAAUUAGUAAGAUACAGUACAACAGAUGAAGUCUUCUUCCCUUGUUUAAUCGUUAUAUUAAAUGUUUAUUUCAUAAUUUUUGUGUGUGGGCAUAUAGUGCAAAAUUGGUUGUUAUUGCAAAUUUAACACUCUCUCUGUGUAAGUAGUACUGAACACUUAGAAACUUACAUAUAAGGUUGUGACAGAGACAUACAAAUUUGUAACUAAAGUAACAGAUGGCAGUUAUGAACUCUUUAUAAAGCUCCUGGAACUGAACAUACCCUUACUCCUAAUAUCAGAAUAAAAUGUGAAAAAAAAAGGAAAUAAACUGGAACAUAUUUUCAUAUCCAUCUUCAUAGCAUCAGUUUCUCUGGCAUUAGUGAUAACAUUUACUUAAUUAAAAAAAAUACAUAUUCCCUGUUACUGAAAGAACUAUGGAAAUAUUUCUGUUUUGGUAAAUAAGCAUGAGAAACCACACACUUCUGGAAUGUAAUUCAGUUCACGGUAUGUCAUAACUACAUGGCUGGAGAUGAUUAAUCACUGUGAAUAGCUUUCUAUCCAAAAAUUGUACACAUACUAUUAUGGUAUUAUAAAUAGCAAAGUGUUUGUAUUAAAAUAUGCCUUUGCAAGUAAACUGACAGUAUUGUUUAGUUUUUCUCCAAGAAAACAUAACGAGGUAAUGUAGAAGAGUUAUGAAUUGAUGUAAACAUUGUAAUGGGAAUUACCUUCAUAUAAUGUUUGUGUUUGUGCAUAAUAUAUUAUGACAAAAGUCUUAAUUAGGUCACUGAUAAAUGAGAAACCUUAAAAAGGGACCAUUCAACACCAAAAAAGUUUCAUGUGAGCCGGUACGGCUAUCUAGGAUUAACUGUGGAUCAUACAGUUAGUUUAGACAGAGACUUAAUCUUUAUAAUCAAAUGUUACAAUACGAUUUCAUAUUAUUUCACGAACCACAUAGCCUGUCUCAAUUUAUGAGAUUUCUAUAUAUGUGUUAUAAUAUUGACGCAUAUGAAAAAAUAAUGCUUAAAAAAUAGAAUUUUUGGACUUUCUUGAAGAGAACACCAAUAUUCUCUAAACCUUCUAUAGAUAAGUCAUGGCUGUCUAAGUAAGUAGUUAGUCAUAACAGAGGUGAUGUACAGGUGAUGUCCAAAACAAAAUAAAAUUAAUGUUCAGAAAGUUAAUGCUGUAUAAAAAUGUUGUAGCUGUAAUUUUUGCGACACCAUAAAUUAAAAUGUACCUCAGAGUAGCAGCUUUAGUUACCAUGUGUCUAAAGAAAAAGAGAAUUUUGUACAUGAACCUUUUUAUUGACAUAAUUGAAAGACAAUAGUCUGUAUUCUCAGAUAAUUAAGUAUGUAUGUGAUUGUGACUAAUGAAGUAAUAUACUUAUGUGUCUCUUCAAUUGUACAAGCAACUUUUGUUACUUGCAUUGCUCAAUAAGUAAAUGUGUUUAUCUGAACAGAAUGCAGCACUAUUAGUUGAAUGUUAGAAGAAGAUUAUUUAUUGUGAAACAUGUGCUUGGUCGCAGAUGUGCUAUUUUGGUAAAGCAGUUAUUGCUAUGCUUUUUAUCUCUGUUUAAGUUCCUGGUCAGAGUAAAUAUCUGUUCCCAUUUAAAGCAGUGGCAUAAUAUCUUUGGAUGUAUACGUUGUAUUAAAAAUGGCAUAUAUUUAGAACUACUCAACAUAAAGACUGCUUUGUUAUAUGUGUACAUACGAUGUAAACUGAAAAGUUAUGGCACAUAAUAUUUUUAAUGUCUACUGUAGCAAUGACAAUUGGCAUAUAUGUUACAAAGUCUCCAUUGAGAAGUCUGCUGGACAUUGAAAUUGUGGUACUUUUGCAGAAGUGUCCAGGUGACUUGUGUAAAGCAAAUGAAUAUUUUCUAUUUGUGAGAUGUAUGUUUUGUUGUAUAUAAUUACCUCCACUUGUGUAUUAUACUCUAUGUUUUGUGUAGUAAUUUUACAAGAGAAUAUUAAAUAUAAUUUACAACAUU